GCUCAGCUGUGUCGAAUGUCCGGAAUGGUGACAUUAAAACGACAAAUUGGUCUGGCAGCCUGCAUCAGUUAUGUCGCUGGUACAAUUAUUGGUUCUGGCAUUUUUAUAAGCCCAUCAUCGGUUUUAAUCGGAUGUGGGUAUUCCGUAGGAGUAACUCUUAUGAUGUGGACCCUUUGUGGAUUAUUGGCCCUGUGUGGAGCUAUGUGUUAUAUGGAGUUAGGUUCAAGAGUAAGUAAAUCGGGUGGUAAUUAUACCUAUAUAAAGGAAGGUUUUGGCGAUAUGGCUGGAUUUCUGUUUGUUUGGUCGAGUGUCUUCACGCGACCUAUGUCAACUGCCCUGGGAUGUAUGGCGUCUGCGGAAUAUAUUAUGAGAGCUGUUUUUAUGUGUUCGUAUGGUGCACCAUCUUCAGCCAAGACUCUUUUAACUAUUGUUAUUUUGGCCCUUAUUACAUGUGGAAAUUGUUACAGCGUUAAACUGGGUGCAUAUUAUCAAACUAUCAGUACUAUUUGUAAAGUUACAGUAUUAAUGGUAAUUAUUGGAACUGGGUUCAUCCAUUUAGCACAAGGUCAGACGGAGAACUUCCAGAAUUCAUUUGUUACAACUGACAUCACUAUGCUGGGUUUAACAAAGGCUUUCUAUGCUGCAUUCUUCGCUUAUGGGGGAUGGGAUGCCUUAGCGUUUGGAACAGAAGAAAUACAGAAAGCAAAACGAAACUUACCCUUGUCUAUAUUAAUAGGAGUACUAAUACCUACUGUAGUAUAUGUCACAACAAAUGUAGCUUACCAUGCUGUUCUCACUACUGAAGAAAUAUCAUCUGGUUUAGCUAUAGCUCUAGUAUUUUCAAAGCAUAAAUUAGGAUUCUUUCAAUGGGUGAUUUUACCGAUCAUCGGGUUAUUUGCUGCUGUUUCCGGUAAUAGCAAUAUUUUUAUGGCUAGUCGUAUGAACUUUGUUGCCGGAAGAGAUAACCUCUUUCCACGCUUCCUGAGCAUGGUCAGUAUAACCAGGCGAACACCAUUAGUAUCCAUUUUGUUUCUGUUUCUAACAUCUGUAAUGGUUAUACUGAUUGGGGAUAUCAGAUCUUUACUAACUACCUAUUCAUUCUUUAAAAUAACCUGGUCUAUAUUUUGUGUAGCUUCUUUAAAAUGGAUAAGACAGAAAUAUCCAGACACAACGGACACAUUUCAGACUGUGCUGUUUUGUCCUAUUGUUUAUGUGGGUGUUUCUACAAUACUUGGGAUUUCCUUUUUGAUAUUGGACAAUACGGUAUUUCUGUCUACUGUGGCUAUAUUGGGUAGCGGAACCCUUGUCUAUUAUCUAUCUCAAACAUCAAUGGUUAGAUAUCCGCCAAUUACAACUAUUAAUAACGUGAUUGUCAAAUUUAGUCAUAGGUUGUUAUUGUGUGAUUUCUCUACAAAAGUCGAUUAUGGUGAAUAAAAAAGCUGAUGAUGUCAUAUAAUAAUUGUUCAUAAUGAUUUCAAAAACAUACAUUAUGUUAAAUACAAGAUGCAUAUUAUAAUAAGCUAUUACAUAAUGAUCACGAAUUUCUUAACAUGUUGCCAUUUGGCGUUGUGUAAUUAUCACAGUUCUUACUCAUGGUGUAGGACCGUUAUUGUCAAAAUUUCAAUUAUCCAUAUUUCUUUCUAUUUUUUAAAAAAUCAUUUAAAUUUUGGAUAUGAUAUAUGCAUAUCUACAGCAUGUUUUACCUUUUCAUCACUUUUGCAAGACUUGUGGCACUAUUUACAUAAAUUUGCUCUUGUCGGUGAUUAGUAGGACCCUUCAUUUCCGCAGAUUGCAAAAACAAACCCUUUUCAGUGUCCAGGUGUUACAUCUAAAAGUUAGUUACAUGCAAAUGGCUACUUCAAUAUUCGGGUUCUUGUCAGAAAGUAAGAAUAUAGAUUUUGAAUGAGUUGGGACUUUCAAGAUACCUUCAAAUUUUCAAUGACAAUAUAGGGUAAAGUAAAGUUUAUUAAUGUUACAUACAAAUGGAUAAAAUAAAUGUUGGUUCAGGCAUGCACAGGAUUUACGCGGUGUUAAAUGAACGUAAUUAUAUAGAAUUCCAACUGCCAAGGAAUCUUUUACGUGCACGGUUUUUCGUCUCAUCUGAAUGACUAGGCAGCUGUCCUUGUCAGGCCCUAUGUCCUUCACCACUGAUAAGGGGAAACCACGUCGGAAAAUGAGCUUUCUCGGCCAAUGCAGGGAUCGAACACCCGACCUCCAGGUUAACGAGCCAGCUCUUACCCAUUUAGCCACGGUGGCUCCCAUAAAUACAUGAAGUAUGAAAUAAACUUAUAAUUUAUCCACAGCUAAGUGGGUUCGUUGUAGAGUAGUUAGUCAA